GCGGAAGGGAGCCGGCGUGGGGGGCGCUCUGUUCAUUUAGAGGAUGGUUAACGGGAGCGGUGGGGUGAGGUUUGGCUGGUUUUGCGACCUUACUACGUAUCCAAACGUCUGACGGAUUAUUUAACAGUGUUUUUUAAAUGGCCAUUCCUAUAGCGGUCCUGGACUGUGACCUCCUUCUGUACGGUCGUGGGCAUCGGACGCUGGACAGGUUCGACAUAGAAACGGUGUCAGAUGAGUUUUUAUUAACUACCUUCGGCUUUCCUCGGGAAUUCAUCUGCUAUUUAGUGGAGAUGCUGGGCGAGACUCUGUCGCGCCCCACGCAGAGAUCCAGAGCGAUUAGCCCAGAAGUACAAAUCCUGGCAGCUUUGGGCUUUUACACCUCCGGGUCCUUCCAGACGCGGAUGGGGGACGCCAUUGGCAUCAGCCAGGCUUCCAUGAGCCGCUGUGUCACCAACGUGACCAAAGCGCUGGCUGAAAAAGCAGCCGAGUUCAUUGGGUUUUCCAGAGAGGAGGCGACGCAACAGCAGGCCCGGGAAGAGUUCUACAGAGUGGCAGGAAUUCCCAACGUUCUGGGGGUGGUGGACUGUGUCCAUAUCGCCAUCAAGGCACCCAAUGCCGAAGACCUAUCUUACGUGAACAGGAAGGGCUUCCACUCCAUCAACUGCCAGCUGGUUUGUGACCCGAGAGGCUUGCUGCUGAGCGCUGAGACACACUGGCCAGGGGGGCUGCUGGACACAGCAGUAUUUCAGCAGUCAUCUCUGAAGAGGCUGUUCGAGGAGCAAGACAGUCAUGAAGGCUGGUUGCUAGGAGAUAGCAACUACCGUCUCAAGAAAUGGCUGAUGACACCUCUUCAGUACCCAGAAACCCCUGCAGAAUACCGUUACAAUAUGGCCCACAGCGCCACGCACGAGAUCAUCGACCGGACCGUCAGGGCGAUGCAGACCCGCUUCUGCUGCCUGGAUGGGUCCAAGGGCUAUCUGCAGUACUCCCCGGAGAAGUGCUCCCACAUCAUCCUGGCUUGCUGUGUGCUCCACAAUGUAUCCCUGCAGACCGGCCUGGACGCCUGGACUUUCGAGCGGACAGAAAACCCAGAGCAGUCAGAGGAAGGGUGCGAGACAAUGGAAUCCAUGGACUCGGAGGCAUUCCGGAUCCGGCAGGAACUCAUACUCGACCAUUUCAGUUAAUAUACUGUCUCAGACAGAAACGAGACUUGAAAUAUGAUCCCGGCUAAGGGAUCUCUCCUUGAAGAGUGGUAGAGCGUGCUUCGUCACCCACGCUUGCCCCGUUUAUAUGCACAAUCUUACUGGAUUCAAGCUGCCCAUUUGAGAAAUGGAUUCCAGAAUCUGCUGCAUGUUCUGCAUGAAAUCACUUUUGAGCUGGAAUUGGGGUGGGUGUUUUGAUCAGGUUCAGUUUAGAAGCAUCAAUUCUGCCGAAUCUGAUUGAGUUUGACAUAUAAACUCUGCAUGUUUGUUUCCAGAUUAAAUAGUCAGUUACAGAAAGAUUGAUUCCUUGUGCGUGCGUUUCUGAGCUUUUAACGCUAAAGAGUAGAGUUCUUUAAUUCAGUGGGAUGUCAGUUUUCAGGAUGCUGGUUACAAACUUGCUGUCUUGCCCUCCCAGGUCCACAACCACUCUUUAAUCUUCAACAAGCCUUUGAUGCUAGUCUGUAUUAUUCUGAUAGUUACAAAAAUGUUUCUGUCAGUUUAUUUAAAGUGCUUCAAACAUUAAUUUUUCUGUUCUUUUAUUUUCAUUUGUGUCCUUACCUAUUGUUUAAUAAACUGCUGUUGAGACCUUUUGAA